CAUUCAUUGUUUCUGCAACUAGACCGUUGCUUCAGAAAUUAAUUGAUCAAGAAAACGACCGAGCCGCGUGCUAGCAGGUGGAUCGGACGACUACGAGCGCGUACAUCGAACGGUCAUUCGGAUGACGGAUGUUUAGUACAGAUCCGCCGGUGGACGCCUAGCUGUUCCUUGAAAAUAAAACAAGGAAAGCCAAAAACGCUGCAAACUAGUAACGCUGGCGGUGAAAAAACGGCUGCCAUAGGCCAUAGCACCUGUUUGAGCUCCGGCUGGUUUUAUUCAACAGUGAAUAUACGGGUUCAAUUCCUGGUGGAUGCACACCAACAAGAAGCGUUGUCAUGUCAGUCCAUAAAAUCCUCUGGAGCUCUGUGCAGCUGAGUUACACACUUGUACCUGCACAAGAGCACCGAAUACAGUUAAGUCAGUUAACAAGAGAAGUUGAAAAAAGAAAAAGUCAGUUAACAAGAGCACCGAGGUCGUCGUGUGUGAGAGGCGUGAACUCUGUCAGUUUCUGUGAACCGUGGCAUGCCGUGGUGGCCUUGUGAUGCAUAUAAGCCGUCGUGAGGCACAAGGGAGGAUCAUCCACCACCCCUUCGCCCGCAACCAAAGAAAAGAAAAUAUGGCCGUAUCUCUCCCUCUCCGCUCCAUCCUUCUCCUUCCCCCGCUCCUCUUACUCCUCACCCUCCCGUCGCUCGCCUCCGCCUGCGACCGCUGCGUGCACCGCUCCAGAGCCGCCUACUACACCUCCUCGCUCACCCUCGCCGCCGGUUCCUGCGGGUACGGCGCGGCGGCCGCGUCCCUCAACGGCGGCCUGCUCGCCGCGGCGGGCCCGGCCCUGUACAGACAAGGCGUCGGCUGCGGCGCGUGCUUCCAGGUGCGGUGCAAGGACGAGGACCUCUGCAGCACCGCCGGCGUGAGGGUCGUCGUCACGGACCGCGCCAGGUCGAAGACGAACGACACCGACCUCGUGCUCAGCAGCCCGGCGUUCGCCGCCAUGGCCCGACCCGGCAUGGCCGCGCGGCUCGCCAGGCUCGGCGCCGUCGACGUCGAGUACAAGCGGGUGCCGUGCGAGUACAAGGGCAAGAACCUCUCGCUGCGUGUGGAGGAGCGGAGCCGCGCGCCGAACAAGCUGGCCGUCACGCUGCUCUACCAGGGCGGCCAGACCGACAUCGUCGCCGUCGACGUCGCGCAGGUCGGGUCGUCGUCGAGCUGGAGGUCCCUGACACGCGACCACGGGCCGGCGUGGAGCACGAGCCUGGCGCCGCCGGGGCCGCUGCAGCUCAGGGCGGUGGUGACCGGCGGGUACGACGGGAAGUGGGUCUGGGCCGACCGGGAGGUCCUGCCGCGCGGGUGGCGCGCCGGCGAGGUCUACGACACCGGCGUGCAGAUCACCGACGUCGCCCAAGAAGCCUGCUUCCCCUGCAACGCGCAGGAGUGGAGGUGAGGUGACCACCGACGACGACGAGGCAAGCCAAGAGGAAGAGCUAGGCUCCAAAAUCAUGGCUGGGCAUCGAACGAAAUGGCAAGCCUCGUCACUGCUGCUGCCCGUUUCGGCUUGGCUUGGAAUUGCAAUUGGAAGGAUUGGUAGAUAGAUAGAGAUUAGUAACUGACGCAGAGACACGUUGAGUCCUUGUUGCUUAUCCAACUCUUGUGGACAAACGUGCAUGAGCUGCAGCUGACGUGUGAGAUACUAGUAGUAGUAUGUACGAGUAGCAACCAUGAAGCGAUAAUGAGUAGACGACGGCGGCGAGGCCGUGGCCUGAAUCGCCGGACGUACAGACAAAAUACUACAAAAUCCGGUAACUUUUCUCGGUGGGCAGCGUCGCAAGUCGCCGAGCCGCAGGAUUCAUGCUCCGCUGCUUUCGGCGACGAUGUUCUUCGCUCGAUGACUAACGAUUUUCAUUCAUGGGCGCCAAGCCAAUCUCGAUCGGUCGAA